GCGGGCCCGGCGCGGGCGGCAGUUCCGGCGGAAGGAAGGCGGCGAGGCCGUUCCGCGGCGUGGGUUCGGGAUGGUGCAGGACCCGCGGGGACAGCUGGUGGCCGAGCUGCUGCUGCGGGCGGGGCCGGCGGGCGGCAUCGUGUGCCUCUGCUCCCGCGCCUUCGUGGAGGAUCGGAAGUUAUAUAAGCUGGGAUUAAAAGGAUUUUAUAUCAAAGAUGCCGAUGACAGUACAGGAGAGGAGCAAGCAUCUGAGGAGGAAAAUGGUUGUCCCAGUGUGACAUUGGGAGUGGACGCUGAUUGUGCGCUGGACCUGGAAGAAGCUGAACUAGACUCGGAGGCUGAGCUUAUGAAGAGCAUGGGGUUACCUCUUCGCUUUGGUGGGCACUCAGCUCACAGGGACUUUGCGGCAAAAGAAAAAUAUAGAAAGAGAGGUAACAUGAAGUUUAUGAAGAAGAAAAAGAAGAAGAAAAAAGAAUUACAGCAAAAACACCAGGAUAAAAUGGAGCAGGAAUGCCAGGAUCACAGUUGUGGUGAUCAUAAGCAGCCCACCCCAGAUGAGCCGGCCUCGGCUACAGAACAAAGUGUGAAAAGCAGCGAAACUCAGAUUAUAAGUGAAGGGAACUGUGGAAGUUCAGAGAGUCUUGCUAAUGAGGCCUUACCCAUUGAACAGAAAUGGGAGAAGUACUGGAGUGAGUAUGGAGAGGGUCUUCUUUGGCAAAGCUGGCUGGAAAAGCAUAAAGAGGUCUCAUCACCUGAAGCUGUGACAACAUCUGAGCCUUGGAACAGUCCGGACACGAAGGAGGAGUGGGAGCAGCAUUAUAGUGAACUGUACUGGUAUUACUGGGAACAGUUCCAGUACUGGACAAAUCAGGGGUGGACUACAGAGAGCUCACACACUGACAGGGUUCAGCUGAAUGGGGUUAUGCAGGAGACUGAUCUUUCGCAAGAAAUGGACCUGGUCAGCCCAGAGGCUGAAGGCAGCAAAGUGCUGAUCUUGGAGCUGUCUCCCUCUCACACCAGAAGUGAGGAAACGCUCACUUCAAGUGCUGAGCCCCAUCAUGAGAUAAUCUCUGGGAUUUGUAAUUUAAGCCUAAAUUUGGAUGCGCUGGAACAGAGCAAUGCGCCUCUAAAAGUAACCAGUGAAGAUCUUCAAGAGCACAGUUCGUGUAACAGUGAAAGCCAGUGUCCCUGUGUUUCAAACCAGAAGGAACCAUGUGAUGGAGGAACCAGGAAAAGGAGAGCAUCUUGUGAAAAUAAAAGUAUUAACCAGUCAGGUUCACAGGAGUCAGGUAACUCAUGUAGCUCAAAUGACAAAGAACAGUUGCCACUUUGUGAUCAAAAUGAAGAUGAAGGAGAAGAAGAGCCUCCUGAAAACAGAAGUGCCAAAGUCAAGAGAAGCCAUGAACUGGAUGUGGAUGAGAAUCCAGUGGAAGAUGAUCCUGAGGAAACCUGUUCUAUUUUGGGCUUCAAGUGUGGUGCAGGACAAAAGUAUGGUGGAAUUCCGGAUUUCACCCACCGACGUGUUCAGUACCUGGAGAAAAAGGCAAAACUCAAGUCCAAAUUUUUGGACAUGCGUAAACCGAGGAAGAGCAAAAACACACACAUUUUCUUUACAGAAGAACCUGAAACAUCUUGCAAAAAAACCAAAACUCUGAAGAAGGUGGAAGCAUUCCUGAAGCAGGUUAAUGAACCUGUGGAGGAAGCCAUGUCCCAGAAAGCCUCUCCUCUGGGUAAAGUUGAGGAGUCAUCGACAAGCAGUGACUCGGAGGAUCAGGAAAGCGUCGCCACUGCACAGAGUGUGAGAUUCAGCAUGGAAACCCCUAAGCUGCUGCCUGCCAGUGUGGUUGGUGGUGAACCUGGGACGAGUAAGCUGGAAGAGGAGGUGAUGGAUGCAACAACAAAAAGCACUGGGUGCCAGGGCAGGGGAAAGCCCAAGUGUGGCUCUGGAAGAGUGCUGGUCCCUCUGGACAUCCCAGAUUAUCUCCAGGCAGAAUUGGAGGAUGUGAGCCCAGUUGUAGAUGAAAAAAAUACUGCAAAGAAGAAGGAGAGAAAAAGGAGGAGAAAGCAUAAAAUUGCACUGGGAGAGAUACCUCCUGAGAUUGCUGCGGACCCUGAGCUGAUCAAGUACUGGGCGCAACGCUACAGGCUGUUCUCUCGCUUUGAUGAAGGAAUUAAACUAGAUAGAGAGGGCUGGUUUUCUGUUACUCCUGAGAAGAUAGCUGAGCACAUUGCAGUCCGUGUCGCUCAGUCAUUCAACUGUAAUACAAUAGUGGAUGCCUUCUGUGGGGUUGGAGGAAAUGCUAUUCAGUUUGCUUUGACCUCAAAAAGAGUGAUCGCUGUUGAUAUAGAUCCUGAGAAACUCAGCCUUGCACGCAGCAAUGCCGAGGUGUAUGGCGUGGCCGACCAGAUUGAAUUUGUGUGUGGAGACUUCAUGGUGCUGGCUGCUGACCUGAAAGCAGAUGUUGUGUUCCUCAGCCCUCCCUGGGGCGGGCCUGACUAUGCCACUGCUGAAAUCUUUGACAUCCAAACCAUGAUUUGCCCAGAUGGAUUUGAAAUUUUCAGGCUCUCCAAGAAGAUCACAAACAACAUUGUGUAUUUUCUACCUCGGAACGCUGACAUUAACCAGAUUGCUUCCUUGGCGGGGCCAGGAGGGAAAGUUGAAAUAGAACAAAAUUUUCUCAAUAACAAACUGAAGACAAUAACAGCUUAUUUUGGGGAUCUAAUAAGGCCUGACCUCUCCUGAAUUCCAUGUGUGUUCUUCCAGGCGCAGCCUCCCUGACUACUUAAUUGCAUAAACCUUUGUACAGCUGGCUUGUCCAAACUGAUGUAAAGCUGUUUUCUGCUUUAAUUUCUCUUCUGAAAAAUGUUUUGUUUAUUGCUACUGUCAAUAAAUGUUUUAUAAGAAUUUUGGAAAAAUUCUAAAACUAGAGUAGUUGUGAAUGUAGAAAAAACUCUUUCAAAACACAGUCUUGCAAGAUUCAAGUCCAGACAGCUGAACGGGACCUGGGAACUUCUUUGCAGCUCUGAUGCGCACUACCGGGGUACUCACUCCAUUCUGGAUGUUCAGGUGUUGAAUUGUUUGAAAGACUCAGAGUGUCAAGAGCUGCUGUCUGUGCUUACAAAACACAAGCACCUGAACAUAACAUGGACCUAGGUGGUCAGAUACACACUGCCAUAUACAGCUGUCAUCUGGCUUCUCAGGCUUCCUGUAUGCCUGGAAACCUUUUCAGGUUUCUUCAUGGCAUGAAGGCCCAAAUGUUUGCUAUAGUGACUUCUGCAGCUUGCUGCAGCCUACGGAGAGAACAAGGUGUGAUUGUGGAUGGCAGCAGGGCUGUGCCCUCUGCUUUGCUAUUUAUUCUGUUUUUCUUUUCCUUUUUGUUACAGAUAUUUAGGAGAAACAUGACGGGAGGUUUGUCCCAGUAGCUUAUUGGAGGAGCUACACACAGGUGUGUGUCCUCUUUUGGACACCUGCUCCUCAUGCAGGCAGCGUGGAGCGUCAGGGAGAGCACUAAUCCCCAGUGGGAAUAGUCCAUUCCAAGUCUGAGUUUUGGGGGAGAACAGUUGCUUUUGGACAUUUCUCCAACCAGAAAAGGAAUCAGGCAAGAAGAAAAGUGUCUGUAGGGCAUAGACAUGGCAUUCUCACUGAAACACGCUUACAGCAGGUAUGCAAGAUUAAUUUUGGUAGUGUUUUGGAGGUAAGAGUGUAAGAAUACGAUUUUGAAGAUGAGAAGUGCUGACUCUCCUCUACUUGGAGUACAGCAGAUCAUGAUGUUGAAGGCAGCAAAGGCUAAGCACUAAACCAUGGAUCUGUGCUGAUGAACAAAGCUCUGUAGAAUAACAGUGUGGAACAACCAAAUGAGAGCAAUUAUUUUUAAAGACAAUAAAGACGUAUUUAAAGAUUUCAUCAAAUCUUUAAAUUGGUUAGGAGACUAAUGGGUUUGUGUAUGUGAGUUGUUAAAAAUACACAUGCAACUUGACUCAUUGCAAGUGUCAAGUACAGUAAAGUAGCACCUAGGAAUGCAUUUUCCCACCUUUACUGUCCAUCUAAUACCAGGCAACUGCUAAACUGUUAAAUGAGCAUUUCCUGCCUUCACGAGGUAUAAUCUUUUGACUGUUUAAUUUGCAUCACUGCAGUUUUUCACUGUGCUGAAGAGAGUAACUGCUGUGAUGGUGAUGGUCCCUAUGCCAGUAUUUAUAGAGUUGAAAAGGAGAGAAAUUACCUGCUCUGCAAUAUUUCCUACAGAAUGGCAAGGGAGAUCCUCCACUCUACACCUGCCUGCUCCUGAGAAAUGUGUUGGCUUUGCAGACAAUGCUUUUGUUUUGAGGAGGAAGAGGAGAGUGGCAAGAGUGCUGAUAUUACAAGUCUAAGUCUGCUGCAGAGGUAGCAUGUAAAUGUAGUGAUAUUAUUAAGUUCCACUGUGAGCUUAAAAAAAAAAAAAAAGCCAUAAAAUCACAAGGCCAAAUGAAAAAUAAAUGUAUACUCAGUACAUAGUUCUCUGUACACUGAAGUUUGACUAUAGUGAACUUACAGCUGCUUACAGAAAAAUUAUCAUCUUAUUCUUUGGUCCUUUUUCCUUCCCAAAGUUAAGAAUAGCUUUAGAAGCAUUUUGAGAUCUCACUAACACCACUCGUUUUACCAUUUGUUAUAUAAGAAAUGUGGUCUGAUUUUGUUUAGUGUCCACUUUUCAGUAAGGGGAAUCUGAAACAUGACAUACAAGGUACAACAUUUACUGUUCCAGUGUUUGCUUCCAUUUGAGUGAACUUAGUGGUAAAAAUGAAAGACUUGUCAAUGGCUUUUACUGAGCCUUGCAAGCAUGUUACGAGUCAAAAAUGGAAGAAUAACCUUGUUCAUGCCUGUUCUUCUGUGUAACCCAAGUGCAAAAGAGGUUGGUUGAUUGGCUGAUUUGUUUUGGAUACCACUUGAAGUCAGAACGUACUCAGCUGGGUUGUGAUAAGUGAUUGCUGCCAGUUCCAUGCUCGCACAGAGCAGGUGGAGUUUCCCAGGGUGGAGAAUCACUCAAUUAAACCUAAUGAACUGACCCUAAUAAAACCUUAAACCUUACAUACCUCUAAGUGCGUUCGCUUUGUGGGUGUUGGUAGAUUCAACCAACAAACUCUUCAUAGAGGACAGCGUCAGUCGUUACAUGAGUUUCUGUAAGGUGAUGUUCUGCUUUGUGUUUUGGAAAAAAAUGUAACGUGCUGAAACAGAAUUAAAUUUCCAGAGUUUUAA